AGAAUUUACAAUCUAUGACAGUCUAUGGCCGCAAAGUUGUGCAGAGUGCAGAGGCACAACGAAGUCGUCUGGUGAUUGUUGAUUACGCAAUUGCGAAAAAUGCCGUUUUACCAAUAUAAUUCAUUCACUGGCAAGCUGAAGCCGUCCACCAAUUUUCAGCCGCUGUAUCCUAUUUCUCCUCUUCCUUUACAGAAAUCAGAGCCAGUAAUAAUUUAUGACUCCAUCAAGACAAAACCUUUGACGGUUACGCCCAAAUCAGGCUAUUGCACUGGUGGUAAACCAGCCACCCUUGACACAAAAUUGUGGACAAAGUACAAGCACUAUGGGGUAACAUUGAAAAAGGAUAUACCAGUAUACUUAUCAGGUGGCAGAAGAGACAGAGUAAUGUUCGGGGCUAUAGCUGCAUACGUCGGUUUUUGUACAAUUAACUCAUUCACUUGUAUGCUAUGCCAAAUGUAAUCGGCUAACAAUACUAAGCGGGUAUUAUGUAGAUAAUAAAUUG